AUGACAGAGCGGAGGUCCAAUAGGGCCAGAUCAAAUAUAAGUUAUUCAAAGUAUCAUGAAGGUGAUGAUGAUGAUGAUUUUGCUGAUCCUACACCACCAAUGAGAAAGUUAAAGAAAGACAAAGAGAAUUGUAAUAUAUCAACAAAACAGAAAGAAAAAUUAUCAACUACUGAUAAAAAGACAAAGAGUCGGUAUGUAUUUAAAUGCGUAAAUCAGUGUCGUGUCAGCAGUACAUUGAUUAUUCAUGAUAUUAAAAUGAAGAAUGAUGAUGAAAUAGAAGUGAUAUCUUCUACCACUGUUUCUGAUUCUUCUCUGAUGUACAAUGAUUAUUAUAUUGUAGAUAGUAAAGUGAAGCAUGAUGAUGAAAUAGAAGUGAUAUCUACCACUGUUUCUGAUUCUUCUCUGAUCUACAAUGAUUAUUAUAUUUUAGAUAUUAAAAUGAAGAAUGAUGAUGAAAUAGAAGUGAUAUCUUCUACCACUGUUUCUGAUUCUUCUCUGAUCUACAAUGAUUAUUAUAUUGUAGAUAUUAAAGUGAAGAAUGGAGAUGAAAUAGAAGUGAUAUCUUCUACCACUGUUUCUGAUUCUUCUCUUAUCUACAAUGAUUAUUAUAUUGUAGAUAUUAAAGUCAAGAAUGAUAAUGAAAUAGAAGUGAUAUCUACCACUGUUUCUAAUUCUUCUCUGUUCUACAAUGAUUAUUUUAUUGUAGAUACUAAAGUGAAGAAUGGAGAUGAAAUAGAAGUGAUAUCUUCUACCACUGUUUCUGAUUCUCUUCUGAUGUACAAUGAUUAUUAUAUUGUAGAUAUUAAAAUGAAGAAUGAUAAUGAAAUAGAAGUGAUAUCUACCACUGUUUCUGAUUUUUCUGAUCUACAAUAUUUAUUUUAUUGUAGAUAG